UUGUGAUCAUUAAGCGACAUUCUCAUCGUCACAGACUGAGGGAAUAGCGUAACUUAAUUGUUUCUUGUGUAAGAACAAGGACUUACACCUACAUAUAAAGAACUGCAUAAAAGGGAACUACGAAAAGCUGUGUCAUUGUGAUUAAACAUCUAUCAAGCUUGCAGAGAACUGCAGAAUGCCGCCUAUUCUCCCGAGUAAUGCUCAUUACGACCUCGUUGUUAUUGGUGGUGGUUCCGGAGGUUUAGCUUGUGGUAAAGAGGCUGUUCAACUGGGAGCAAAAGUAGCAGUACUUGACUAUGUAUCACCCUCUCCAAGAGGCACAGUAUGGGGAUUGGGUGGAACGUGUGUGAAUGUGGGAUGCAUUCCCAAGAAACUUAUGCAUCAGGCAUCUCUUUUAGGAGAGGCUAUUGUUGAUGCCAGAGCAUAUGGUUGGGUGCUUCCAGAAGCAAAUGCAAUUAAGCAUGACUGGCGAGUUUUGAGGGAAGCUGUGCAGAAUCAUAUUAAAUCUGUGAAUUGGGUAACAAGAGUGCAAUUGAGAGACAAGAAAAUUGAUUAUUAUAACGGGCAUGGUCAGUUUGAGAACCCAUGCACUGUGAAGGUUGUGAUGAAAAAUGGAAAGGAACAUACAUUGACUGCUUCACAUUUCGUGAUUGCUGUAGGUGGGAGACCAAGAUACCCAGACAUUCCUGGAGCACUUCAGUAUGGAAUAACAAGUGAUGAUCUGUUUAGUCUGGAAAAUCCUCCUGGAAAGACAUUGGUUGUUGGUGCAGGAUAUAUUGGACUGGAAUGUGCUGGUUUUCUAAAUGGCCUUGGUUAUGAUGCCACAGUCAUGGUUAGGUCAGUUCCUCUCCGAGGUUUUGACCAACAGAUAGCGGGAAUAGUAGUAGAUGAGAUGAAGUCGAAAGGAGUUACCUUCCUCAUGAAGUGCAUUCCAUUAUCAGUAGAGAAGAAGGGAGAUGGGAAAUUUCUGGUUUCUUGGACCAACACUACAGAUCAAUCAACUCACUCUGACAUAUUUGAUACAGUGCUCUUUGCAGUUGGUCGAAAGGCUCUUACAAAAGAGUUAAAUGUUGAAGUUGCUGGUGUGAAAACUGUGUCAGAGAGUGGCAAGAUCAUUGCUGAAAAUGAGCAAACAAAUGUGAAACACAUAUUUGCUGUAGGAGACGUCUUGCAUGAGAAGCCAGAGUUGACACCAGUGGCCAUUCAAGCAGGAAAGUUGCUGGCCCAGCGCAUCUUCAACAAUAGCAAAGUACAAAUGGACUAUGAGAAUGUUGCGACAACAGUCUUUACUCCGCUGGAGUAUGGUACAGUAGGUAUAAGUGAGGAAGCAGCCAUCAAGAAAUAUGGUGAAGAUGAAAUAGAAGUUUUUCAUGCAUUUUACAAACCCACAGAAUUUUCAGUACCGCAACGGAAUGUCAAGAACUGCUAUGCCAAGGUGAUUUCCAAGCGGGAUGAUCCGCAGAAAGUGCUUGGGUUGCACUUUGUUGGGCCACAAGCAGGAGAAGUGAUUCAGGGAUUUGCAACAGCUAUGAAGUGUGGACUGACUAUGAACCAACUACAGUCAACGGUGGGAAUACAUCCAACAGUAGCUGAAGAGUUUACAAGGAUAUAUAUUACAAAACGAUCUGGUGAAGAUCCUAAUCCACAGAGCUGUUGUAGCUAGUUAAUUUGUGUUACUAUGCUGAUAGGUGAUGGAAUGGUUUUGAAAAUGACCUUAUUAAUGGUCAUAGUUACUAUGAUACAGAUAUUCAUUAUUAAUCUUUUCCCAAAAUUUUUCUUUAUGAUCAUUUCUUAGUUCAUUUGCCUGAAUUGUCAAAUUGUAAAAUAUUUGUGUAUGUCAGAGGUUUCAGUUGUAAUCUUUGAAAACUUGUUAAAGAAUGUGAUCUUGAUUCUAGAGUAUACCAGAUAACUUUACAGGCUAGUGGAAUUGUUAUUUGAUGAUGUUAAUUUAAUGUUUACAUUUAAUUGUUGAACAAUUUUUAUAUUGCUUGAAAGCCUGUCUUGAGUAUGAAUUGAUGGCACAUGAAACAGAAGUGAUUGAUACAGUAUAUGGGUGUACAUUUGUGAAGUGGAUAUCAGUGUUGCAUAUUAGUGUGUUCACAUUAUUUAUCAGGUAUUAAAAGGAUUUUGAAUGAAUGUAAGGCACAACUGAAAGAAAUGUAUGCAUUAAUUUUUAGAUUUUCAUGUCACAAAAGUUAUUACUCUUGUUAGUUUUUCUCUUUAUGUAAUGAUGGAACACCAUACAUCUGAUAAUAAAGUAGAUUUAAUUCCUUGAAAAUAGA